UCCUUCAGGGAUCCCGCGGCAGGGAGCCGCGGCGGAGCGGGGCUGACACGUAAGUGCGGGGCCGAGGGGCAGCCGCCUCCCUUCCUCUCGGGUGGCGGCGGCGGAGCCACCCGCCGGGCGGGCCCCCGCGGCGGGGCCGAGCUGCGGAGAGCGGGGAGAGCCGCCCCGCAGCCCCUCUCCCGCAGGUGCCAGCGCUGCUGCCCGGCCCGGCCCGGCCCGGCCCUGCCGCGGGGCCCCGGGACAGGCAGGCGGGGCCGGCCCUCCCGCCGCAGCAUGCGGCUGCGCUGCCCGCCCGGCCCCGCUCCGUCCCGCAGGCAGGGGGAAGCCGCCCGGGCAUCCGCGGCGGUGCCCAGGGGCUGAGCCGCUCGCCCGCCCCUCCCGCCCUCUGUCCCUCCCUCUGUCCCUCCCUCCUCCUCCUCCUCCUCCUCCCGGCGCGGGCCCGGGGCCUCCGAUGUGGCCGCCUCCUCGCCCGCCGCCUCCAGCUGCCCGCUGCUGAUUCGUGAGGGGCGGGGACCCUCGGGACCCCGCCGGGGACAUGGGCAACGGGAUGUGCUCCCGAAAGCAGAAGCGGAUUUUCCAGAGCCUCCUGCUCUUGACUGUGGUGUUCGGCUUCCUCUACGGGGCGAUGCUCUACUACGAGCUGCAGGGCCAGCUGAGGAAGGCGGAGGCCACGGCGCUCAAGUACCAGCAGCACCAAGAGUCCCUCUCGGCUCAGUUACAAGUUGUAUAUGAGCACAGGUCAAGAUUAGAGAAGUCACUACAAAAGGAGAGACUUGAACAUAAGAAAGCAAAAGAAGAUUUCCUUGUUUAUAAACUAGAAGCACAGGAAACACUAAAUAAAGGAAGGCAAGACUCCAACAGCCGGUACAGUGCCCUGAGUGUGCAGCACCAGAUGUUGAAGAGUCAACAUGAAGAGCUAAAGAAGCAACAUGCUGACCUUGAGGAAGAUCACAGAAAACAAGGAGAGGAAUUUAGCAGAACGUUCAAUGAUCACAAGGAGCGAUACUUGCAACUGCAGCAGGAAAAGGAGCAGGAGAUCUCUAAGCUGAAGGAAUCCCUGUAUAACUUACGGGAGGAGAACAGACAGUUGAGAAAAGCUCACCAAGACAUUCACACCCAGCUACAAGAUGUCAAGCAACAGCAUAAGAAUUUACUCUCCCAACACAACCAGCUUGUAGUGACUUUGGAAGACCACAAGAGUGCACUAGCAGCUGCACAGUCCCAGGUGGAGGAGUACAGGCAGCUGAAGGACACACUCAACAAAAUGCCAAGUUUCCGCCAGCCUGAGAAGUUAGAGCGACCAGAUGAGCAACCAGAGGUGCAAGCCCCACCUCCCCACAGUGACCUCCCUGUGCCCCACGAAGCUGUGGCUGAAGAGCACAAGGAGAAUGAGCAGCCAAAUGAGAAAGAAAUAAUGACCCAGGAAAAAGAUGAUAGAGCUGAGCCUUUUCAUCUGCAGAGAAGGGCUGAGGAAGGCCAGCAUGCCAGGGAGCUAAAUAUUCAGGAGCAACAAGAAGCUGGAGAGGAUGAAGAGCAACGUGUAGAUCAAGUUGAAGAAGAACGCAAAAAAGAACUUGAAGAGGAAGAAAUGGAGCAGGCAGGUCAGCCUGAGCACUUGGAGGAGGAGCAGGAUCAAGUUCCAGAAGAGCAUGAGUGGAAAAAACAGGAACAGAAAGAAGAAGAAACCAACAUGUUGGGUGAUCAGCUUCAUUCUGAGAUCACAUCAACAAAAGCUGCAGCAAAAAGACACAAGCCAGUCUAUGAACGGCAGCUGGAGCAGCAACAUCUUGCAGCCCAAAGAGCAGAUCAAGCCCAUCAACUGCCAGAGCAUCAGGCCUCACUGCAGCAGCAGAGGCUGCGGGAACAGCUCCUAGGGCAGCAGCAGCUUCGAGAAAAAGAGCUUCAGCUGCAGAAGCAGGAAGAACAAGAAGAAAAACUCUAUAAAAACCAGCUCAGCCAUCAGGCUCAUUACGAUAACAUGGACCAUGAUAUUGUACAAGGGGAAGAAGAGCAAGGUAUUCAGGAAGAGGAAGGAGGUUAUGAACGUGACAACCAGCACCAGGAUGAAGGUGAAGAGGAUGAUCAAAAUCAUGCAAAUGAGCAGCAGGAACCAGAACAUCAGGGGGAAGACCAGCAGGCUGAUGAAUUGAAGGCUGCCAUGGAAGAUGUGAAUCCUGCUGAUGACCCCAACAAUCAGGGAGAAGAUGAAUUUGAGGAAGCCGAGCAAGAGAGAGAAGAAAAUCUACCAGAUGAAAAUGAGAAGCACAAGCAGACCAGUCAGAAACAAGGACAUCCAGGAAUGGAAGAGCACCUAGUGAUGGCAGGAAAUCCUGACCAGCAGGAGGAUAAUGUGGAUGAACAAUAUCAGGAAGAAGGAGAAGAGGAGAUCCAGGAAGAUCUGACUGAAGAGAAGAAACGAGAACUGGAACGCAACCCUGAAGAGCCAUAUGGUGAAAAUGAGGACAAUGCAGAUGAAAAGAAUAAUGGAGGGGCAGACCAAGAGCAAGAAAUGCAAGAAGAGAACAACCAGAAAGAAGUUCAUGAAGAAAAUUACGAGGAGGAAGAGGAGGAGGAAGAGGAAGGCAGAGGUGUUGCAGCAAAAACUCGGAGACGAGGGGAAAUGUAAUCCUUUUUGGGUUUUUUUUACAGCACACAAAUUCCUGGUUUCUUGGUUGUUUUUUUUUUUAAAAAAAAAAAAAGCCCAACUUUUUUAGGAUAUUUAAUUUCCAAAAAAGUUUGUGUUUUACACUUUUUACUUUUCUAUUAGAUGCUCUCAUGCGUUUAUAUGACUACGGUAUUUUGAUACUCUAGAUUAGGAUUUCUUUUCUAUUAAAGCUGUACAUAAACAGACAUUAUCCAGGUUUAAUUUCUCAUAAUUCUGGGCAUGUUUUAUAAAGGCCAUCUUGGAAUCCACUUUCACCUUGUCCGAGUCUGUCAGAUGUUUGGUCUAAUUUCAGAUACAUUCAACACCAGAGGGAAUAUCUAGUGCCUAAACCCAGCCAGCAUUAGUCACUCCAGCUCUUGUCUUCCUUGACACAUGUGACUGGUGACUGGCCACACUGCCCCUCUGAGCCACCAUUUGUGGUGCUCGUAGAGCCCCAGGGGCGGUUGAACUCGUUACAAUCUAAAGAGAUUGUUCCAAUCCUUGAGGAUAACAUGGCACAUGCCUAACUCUUUGCAGGACCAGGCCUUUUACAGGUCUGGAACAGUUAUAAAAUAUGCAAGUUUUACAAGCCUUCAAAAUGCAGCCAGGUUGGCAGCUGUUGAUUUUUGCAGCUGUUUCUAUACAGAUAAGUUAUGCAUUUAUGCAAAUGAGCAUACCUGGGUACUUCAGCUCCAUACACUACAUAGCAGGGAAUGCAGAUGGGGAUGUGCUGAGAUGCGAGCUAGAAACCAAUUUAGACUUGAAGAUCCAUUAUGCCAACUGAAAACACUACAGCUGUCACGUGAGUGAAGAGGUACAGAAGGAGCUAUUUUGCUGUCCUUGUUAAUAUAUGCAAUGUUUGACCAGAGAACUAUAAUUACAUCACCUCAGUGACAGGCUUUCUGGAGACUAGAGAGGGUUAAGGCAUCUUAACCAAGUUGACAUGAUUGGUGCAAGAUGUUGAACUAAGGCCUUUACCUUCUUUUACUUAUUUAUUUUUCAGUCUAUGCUGGAAGGAUUUCUGUGUCCCCUAGGGUGAAAAAAAUCAGACUAGAGACAAAUGCCUCAGAAGUUUUUUUGAACAGCAGACAUCUCUAGCACUGCAUGUUGAAAUGUAAGGGGUGGGGAGGGAGGGGGGAAAUGACACAAAAACGGUGCCUUGGUGGCUACUAUGAACAUAACCACAGUGCAUGAGUAUAUACAAUAUUUGUAUUGGUACAGACCCUCCUUAUUUAAUGUGUUAAAAGGAGAAUGGGAAUCUGGAUUUCCCAGGCUAAGCCCCAUUGCUGGAAAUGAGGCAUACAGUAGCUCCCCAUGAAAGUGUGUUAAUAUAUAAAAGGAGAGGGUUUGGGAUUUUUCCCUUUUUAAUAAUGAUGCCUAGCAAUGUUUUUAGUUUAAUUUUUUUAUAUGAAUGUAAUUUAAUUCAUUUUUCUACUAACUCAGUUGCAUUGUUUUAUAGUUGGUUACCAUUCUUUGCAAUUUUCCUAAAUAUUCCAGACAGUGCUUAUGUUUCAUAGGAAUAUUUUUGUCAGUAUUUUGGGUUUUCUAGUUACCAUAAAUCAGAUUUAUGUAUAAAAAAAAGUUUACAUGAUACUGUAAAAUGUAUAAUAUGUACAUAAUCUUUAAAAUACAAUUAUUUUGGUAAAUUGGCCUGUAUUUUUAAUGUCACAGUUGCAAUAUUUAAUUAUUUGAGGCAUAAUAGAACUUGACUGCAGUCAAUAAACUAGGCUAUAGUUACUGA